AUGCUGGGCAUGCUGCCCAUUCUUCGCAAUCAAGUUAUCAUUGAAGAAGAGGAACUGACUGGGUGGCGCAUUUCCCAGGCGAGGAGCGGAUCCCACUCGAGAUGUUCCAGUACUGAUAAGUCUCAAAAGGUUCAAGCAAGCCGCGAACUAAUGCCGGCAAUUGAACCAGGCCUAUACAUAGUCGAACCUACACCUCUGUUCCUACUAUCGCCGAACCGGUUCGUGAAGUUGAUCAGAAAGGGACACUUGGAGGCACGCGCGGGGCACUAUGUCCUUAAGGCGAUCAUGCCGCUUAUCUGUCUCCGUCGCGACAUGGGCGAACGCAUGGACAUAGACGACCAGAGGGUCUGUGAGAUCGGCGGCGAGAUCCCGCGAGCUGGGUCCGGUGGUUGUUUCCACGCCGUAAACAAUUUUCUUCACGCAGUCUCCAUCUCGUCCUUGUUCCGGCGUCUGCAGAAUAACGGCACAUUCAGGGGAAUGUCGAUUUUCCAGUACCGGAUGGGAAGGCAGUUCGGCGACCUGAUCAGUCCUUCUUUCUACAACCUAAAAUGGACAAUUACUUUUGGAAGUUCGCAACCGGGGAUGGCCAAACCAUCGCUGAAGCCACCAUACAAUCGAGAACUGCUUACGCCGAUCGCAAAGCUAGACUCGAGCUCUCUAAGAAAACAUCAUUCGAGAGCUGGAAAGCAAACUGCGAGACAGGUUCAACGCCUUCUAUACUACCGCGGCAGGAAGCAAUUAUCGGCAUGCAGUACCGAUCUUGCUCAUGUUGGUGGACAGACGCAUCACUGUUCGACAAUACAUGUGUCAUUUUAUUUCUUUGGGCUUGCCACUAGACUUUCUACCAUUCAGUUCGUCAUCGUGCUUCAGAUUCGUGGGAUUGAACUUUCCUUGUUCGGCCAUGACUACAGUACACAAAUUAUGCUCAUAUACAAGGCGACUUGGAAGCAGCGACUGGAGAUAUAUAAGAUGCUAGUCCCGCAUCCCUCGAUCAGAACAUCCAUGCACUCCAGUGUAAACUAUUUCCAUCAUGCGAAUCCUGAGAACGAGCAGAUCCCCGUCGCGCGGACAUUCCGCGACGAGUGCCACCUUUCCUUUGGUAAAAGGAGUCCCAUCAUCCGUGUCCUCAAGAGGUUGAAGGAAAGCUGGCGACCCGCAUAUUGGUUCCUGUCUGCUACCCCCUGCCCCUCCUCCCCUUGCAAUAUUCAAGCGUUCAUGAAGCUCACAAAGACGCCGGAGUGGACUGGCAACCCGGACACAGCAUACCUAAAUCAUGAGUACCUUGCGGAGCUCGGGAGGCAGUUUAGAACAGCGUCUAACAGAGAUCAGAGUCGAGAGCCUGUUCGCAGAGCCAGAUUGCCAGUUACUGGCAGAGCUCCGGAAUACACGCCUGCGGCAGUACAAGGAAUAUGA